AUGGAGCGCUUGGACAAAGCCGCGCUGAACGCCCUGCAGCCGCCCGACUUCAGGAGUGAAAGUUCAUUAGCAUCUACCCUGAAGACGCUCCUGUUCUUCACAGCCUUGAUGAUCACCGUUCCUAUCGGGUUAUAUUUCACGACUAAAUCGUACAUAUUUGAAGGCGCCUUGGGCAUGUCCAGUCGGGACAGCUACUUCUACGCAGCCAUCGUGGCAGUGGUUGCCGUGCACGUGGUGCUGGCCCUCUUUCUGUACGUGGCGUGGAAUGAAGGCUCGCGACAGUGGCGGGAAGGCAAACAGGAUUAA